AUGGCUGCUUCUACAAAUAGCGCCAAUAAAAAACGAACGGGACCUGGUGGUCCUGUUCCUGUUGACCUUCCGGGACAUCACUGCCCUGAAGCAGCCAAUCGAGACGGACGACAGCAAGGGUGGCCUCUCGAAGUUCGCCAAGCUCGCCAGAUCGGUCACCAGGUCGAGAUCUGUUCUUGUGUCACAGUUCAGCUCCCAUCUGCCCGCCCUCAAGGAUUCAGCGUUGCCAACCACCGCGAAGCAGUCACACUUAGCUCAUGUAAGAUGUGCUCUGGCAUGCUAAAUAUCUCCUUUCUUUCCUUUCUCUUUCAAUCAGUUAAUCGAAUCGACGAAUUAAGAAGAGCAGCACGUUUUAAAAAGUUUGAUUGAAACACCUUUUAGCCUAACUUUUAGCCUUUGCUCAUUCUCAGCGCAAUUGAAUUCAGUUCUUUUAAUUCGAACGAAUUGCCUGUUUCUUUCGCGCGCGGUUUUUCAAAUGCGUGACGUCAGUCGGGCCCUGAUGCGCCUGAGUCUGUUGCGCAUUAACAGGGUGUUUAACCUAUAAAUCUCUAAACCUAUUAAAAUAUUCAUUGUUUGAAAAAUGUCUCGAAUGAGAUCUCAAAAAUCACUUCUUUCUGUUUUGAGGGGGCAAUAAUUUGGUACACUUAGUUUGUUUUUAGAUGCGUGUAUGAGAUAUGAAGGUCAUUACUAUUUUUCUGUAGUCAGUCGACGCAGCAGGCCAUUUUUUUUUGUAGAAAAAAGUAUUAACCUACGUAUAUAGAGAAACUGUUAGUUUGAGAUACUUCAACUUUGAGGUUAUAAAACCUAUCAUAUGAAAGAUAAGAACAAUAUUCUUGUAUACGUGGAUUUUGUAAGAAAUAUCUCCUAAACUAAUGAGUUUUAGUGGAUAAUACUUUCUUUGUAGAGAAUAACCUGCAUUGGUUGAUGUAA